GGCCCUCGCUAUUCGAUCGGUCUUAUCUCUUAGAACUAUCUAGAAGAAAUAUAAUAUUGCAAAAGUAGCACGCACACGACCUAUCAAGCCUCCGCUGGGUCGGAUAAUCUCCUUUUGCUGGAUUAUUACCGACCAUACAGAGAGCACCAAAGUUUUCAGCUGGAGUCACCGCAGGGAGCCUUAUUUCUCUCAAUUCCGAGCUGACAGGGUAGCCAUUUAGCAUGGACUGCGAAGAAGAGGAGGUCGCCGCCGGCUCUUUUUCAGAGCUUUAUGUCGAUGGUGGUAUGAAGAUAUUCGUGUUGGCAGUAGGAAACCACGAAAUUAUGACCUUUAAGGUGGAUGGCUCUGACAAAGUCUUGGAUGUGAUGGUAAAGAUAGAGGAGGCGAUCGGCAUCCCAAUACACCAGAUAUGGCUUCUCUUCGAUGGCUUGCUAAUGGGAGAGGAGAAAACUUUGGCAGAAUGCGGUGUUCACGACAGGUCCCUCCUCCACUGCAUCCAGGCCUUACGCGGUGGCGGCGAUGGUGGUAUGGAGAUAUUGGUGAGGGCAGCAAAAAUCGGCGAAAUUAGUAUGACCUAUAAGGUGGAUGACUCUGACAAAGUCUUGGAUGUGAUGGUAAAGAUAGCGGAGGCGAUCAGCAUCCCAAUACACCAGAUAAGGCUUAUCUUCCAUGACUUGGUAAUGGGAGAGGAGAAAACUUUGGCAGAAUGCGGUGUUCAGGACGGGUCCUACCUCUUCUGGGACCAGGCCUUAUGCGGUGGCGGCGAUGGUGGUAUGGAGAUCUUCGUGAGGGCAAUAACAAUCAGUGAAAUUGGUAUGACCUUUAAGGUCGAUGGCUCUGACAAAGUCUGGGAUGUGAUGGUGAAGAUAGAGGAGGCGAUCGGCAUCCCAAUACACCAGAUAUCCCUUCUCUUCGAUGGCCGGAAAAUGGGAGAGGAGACAACUUUGGCAGAAUGGGGUGUUGAGGACGGGUCCCUCCUCGACUGCUUCCGCGAGUUACGCGGUGGCGGCGGCUGCAACAUAGAGCAUCGUAAAAUAGUAUCGAGGAAAAAGAUCAUGAUGACUGAUCAGCCUUUAGUCAUUUGGGAAAAAAAGUAUGAUAUAACACUUCUUGAUUUGAUGGUGGAGCAUACUCUUAAUGGUGGGAAAAACGGAGAAGACUUUAAAGAAAAUGUUUGGCAUAACAUUAUGGCAGAGUUUAGAGAAGCAACUGGAUUGAGAUGUAAUAUUAAUGAUUUGGAAAAGCGUCUGAAAUUUUACAAGAAGGAAUAUCAAAUAGUGAGCAAUAUGAGGAAGCAUCCGAAGUUUGGCUGGGAUGAUGAAAAUCAUUCAGUAAUUGCUACCGAUGCUGAAUGGAACGAAUAUAUUAUGGAAAAUCGUGGAGCAAAACUAUACCGGAAGAGACAGAUACAUUAUUUUGAUCAGCUGGAAAUUAUUUUUUCUUCAUGAUGACUCUUUUUCAUUUUUCCUUUCACAUUGGAAAAGCAUGAAGCAAAGCUAUACUGAAGAGGCAGAUACCAUAUUUUAAUCAGUUGGAAAUUGUUUGUUCUUCGUGAUGAACUCUUAUUAACUUGCAAUAAUUUCGCUUAUUUAAGCAUCAAAAAGAUUGUACCAACAAUAUAAUGUUAUUAAUAAUUUGAAAAUGAGUCAUUUUUCAUCGGUUCAA